GUUGACGAGGCACUGCUCACGCUGCAAUGACAUUCACGCGUGUAGCAUUUAGUCGGUAGGCGCGUUCCGUCGCUGCGGCCCAAGAGAGGUGACCACUCAGCCCAACAUGGAAAAUCAUUGGCUGCUUUUUGCGUGUCUUCUGGCGUUGAUUUUUGGCGUGUUCGCUCCUCCUCCAAGACGUGAAUCAAAUCCUAAACAGCAUUCCGACGAAGAAGAAGACAUCAAUAUGAAUUCAGAAACAUUGGGUUUGGAGUACAGAAAUUACCUCGAAGAAGUUGUAAAACUUUUGGAACAAGACUCUCAAUUUAAGACAAUACUUGACAAUGCAACCGAAACAGAGGUCAAGUCCGGCCAGGUAGCCGACCGGCUGCACGUGGUGGACCCGUCCAUCCGCUCGAAGCUGGACGAGCUGAAGCGGAUCGAGCUGAGCCGGCUGCGACAGAAGGCCACCGAGGCGUUCGAGCUCUCGAACGGCCUCGACCGCGAGGCCAUCAAGGAGCCGCUCCAUCUCGACCACCGCAACCCGCACACCUUCCGUGAGGAGGACCUGCGCCGGCUCGUGCGCAAGACCUCCCACGACUUGGCCGAAUUAGACAAGGAGAGACGGGAUGAUUUUAAGAAAUAUGAGAUGGAAAAGGAGUUCGAAUAUAAAGAGGGUCUCAAGAAGAUGGAUGAGGAGCAUAAGAAAGAAGCACAGGCAAAGCAUGAAGAGCACAAGAAAAAGGGAAAAGAGCACGCAAAGGUUCACCAUCCGCUGAGUGAGGACCAGCUGGAGGAGGUGUGGGAGGAACAGGACCACAUGGACAAGGACAGCUUCGAUCCCGAAACAUUCUUCCGCAUGCACGACGUCGACGGUAACGAGGAGCUGGACCCGACCGAGGUCAUGGCGCUGUUCAAAACGGAGCUGGACAAGCUGUACAACGGCUCCGACUACGACCCGCGCGAGCGCGAGGAGGAGAUGAACGAGAUGCGGGAGAGCACUUACGCCGAGGUGGACACGGACCAGGACGGUCUCAUCAGCCUGAAGGAGUUCCUGGCUAGCUCGCAGCACGACGACUACAAGCACGACCAGGGCUGGCAGGGCAUCCCCGACCGGGAGGUGUACGACCAGCAGGAGUACGACGACUUCUCGCGCCACCGCAUGGAGGAGAUCCAGCAGCACAUAGAGGCCGGACUGCUACCGGGCCCAGGUUUCGGCGCGCCCGGGUACGGGCACCCGGGAGCGGGGUACGGGUACCGCGGCCCCGAGCGCGGCCCUGCCUAUGGAUACGACCCUGCCAACGGGUACGGCCCUGCCAACGGGUACGGUGGCUACGGCCAGGCGCCGUACCAGCCCGCCGUUCAGCCCCAAUACGUUCCGCCGCCAGGCGGGCAGGGCUUGCACCCGGACCAGCAGCAGCUGCCGCUCAGCCAGCACGCACCGGCCGCUGGCCAGGUGCAGCUGAACCUCCCUAUGCAGCAGCAGCAGCAGCAGCAGCAAGUCGCUGGCCAGCAGCAACAGCAGCAAAUCCCUGUGCAACAGCAGCAAAUUCCCGCACAACAACAGCAAAUCCCCGCACAACAGCAGCAGGCCCCUGUUUACCAGCAGCAGGUCCCUGUCCAACAACAGCAGGUCCCUGUCCAACAACAGCAGGUCCCUGUCCAACAGCAGCAGGUCCCUGUCCAACAGCAGCAGGCGGUACCUGCCCAACAACCCGCUCCUGUUCAGCAACAGCAAGCUCCCAUCCAGCAGCAGCCGCACGGCCAGGCAAACCAGAUCCCUGUACAGGGCCAGCACUGACCGGCCUGGUGCGACUGUCUUGUUUAGCCGGGGGACACCACGCAAUGCGAACGAACCGCGCAAAAUGAUUGCACAAUGCACGCCAGCUGUGAACAGACCAUUUUGUCAGAUCGACAAAGCAAACAUCUCUCCAUUUUUGUGUGUUGCGUGCAUUCACCAUUGUUUUCGUGCCGAAUCAUCAUUUCGUUGUUUUGCGUAUUGGGGCGAUGCCUUUGCUUCCUUUUUGCUUAUCGGGGUUGUGCUUUCCAUUCAACCAGAUUAGGAGUUUAUCCCUGAACCAAAUUAAAGGGAUGACGGUGAAACCAGCAACUUACCAUUUUACUGUAUUAAAGCCACACUUGUUCCUGGGGUAUGGACUGCACCAGAAACGAAUCAGUUGGAAAGGAACAUGACUUGCAGCAAAAUGUUCUUGCAGUGCUUUAUAUAUUACUUCGGCUUGUGUGUAAAAACACACCUGCCUGCAUUCCAAGGUAUUGGCAGCUAGAUGAAAUCAAUGGUAAUCUACUUAAGAGUCGGCGAACACGUAGAGUUCAAAAUCGGAGUAAGCGAAAUUUGAGGUGGUGCUCCCUGAGUGAGGGCCACUGCGAUGUCGACUCGCUCGAUUUGCAGUCGUUGAUUCCGUAGAAGCGCAGUCGAACAGUCUGCUAUCUUAAAAAGUUUAGUGAUAGUUCGGAAUCGCUGUGAAAUCGCUUCGAAUCGCUUAGUGAGUGAAUGAAUAAUUUGAACAAUUCUUUUUGGGUUCCUCAUCAGAAUAGGCUUAGUGGUAAACGCUUGAUAUUUAUGCUGAAUCUCCCGUUUGUCUGUGAUAACUGUUGAUCCCAAGUUUUAUUGCUGUGGAGGAGAUAUGAAGUGAGCAUAGACGUACAAAAGCAGAUGCGCCCCCUCCCCCCAUCCCGCUGUCUCCCGCCUGUGCAGUGAAUGCAUUACACAACUUCCCACGAUGUUGGGCUUCGAGUGUGAUAUUGACGAGCUGUUACGAUAUGCUUGGAGACAGGCCGCGCUGUAUUCAAUGAAGUCUAUUUGUUGAAUUUCAACGUGGUCACCUGAGGACAGCUGUGCUAAUGUUCUCUGUAAUCACUCGUGAUAUGCAUUGGAUGGCUCUCGUGUUAACCACUUCUUUUCGGAAACGUCGGCGAAUGUACUGGUAAAAAUUUGGAAACGGAUGACGAGGCAGAAUGGCUUAACCACGUCUGCUAGGACAAUGUGCACCCGCGUUUAGUCCGCCCAAAUGGGCAUUAGAGUAUUAUAUUUCAUCGAUGUGCGUUUAUGUAUUCACGCAAUACGUAAAGGCGUGUUUCACGUAAAAGGGUGGCUUAUUUAAACGAAUGUUUUUAUCCUCUGUGCAUUAAAUACGCUCCAUUUUGCCAUCUUCCGUCUCGCUGGUCGUUCGCUUUGCAGUGAAAGGCAAUAAUUCUGUGUUAUUUUGCCCCGACCUGGGACCUUAUUGGGAGAUAGCGGUACCUUCUAAUGAGACAGCACUUGCAGGUGGUCCUUCCAAAUUUGGGAGCACUCGGCCAUAGCACUACGGUGGAGUCAGCUGAACAAAACUGUGCAAAAAUUGCGAUAUUUUGGCAUUCUUGUUCUGCUGAGGCUUAAGAAUGAAAAGAUAACUGCAUAAUAUUUGUCGUCUUAUACCAGAAACGGUAACUGGGAAGGCUGAUGAGGGCGGGUGCGUUCUACGUUUUUCGGGAGGCGGCCUUUGGCAGCACGGUUAUCGGCUUUGUAGUCACUAGUCGCGGGUCUCCACGCUCCAUCAGGCUUGGUUCCUUUCGCACCAGCGGGGUUUGUGGUGGCUCCCUUCUGAUGCGCUGUCCGCGGUUUGUUACUUCCGGCUGGGGUUUGUGCCAUCUAGUGUGUGUAGCAGGAAGAAGCCAGAAUUACCUACGUGAGGCCAGCUACCAUUCAGUGAAACACGUUGUCUAUUUUUAUAGCAUGGGGCAAUACAUAUUUUCAUUGGU